UGCCGCCAGCAGCUACGGAUUCGCUUCCGGCGUACGUCCACCUCCUUUUUUGCUCUCAUGUUAAUGGCGGGCGGAGGCUACUGAGCGUGUCCCAGAUAACCGCUGCCCGCACCAGGGGAAUAAAAACCCCAGCAGCACCCUUUGGCCUCACCGCUUCUGCUCACCAUCCGUGCCAGAGUUCGCUAGCAUGUCUGUGGUCCCGCCCAAUCGCUCGCAGACCGGCUGGCCCCGAGGGGUCAACCAGUUCGGCAACAAGUACAUCCAGCAGACCAAGCCCCUCACCCUGGAGCGCACCAUCAACCUUUACCCACUUACCAAUUACACUUUUGGGACCAAAGAGCCUCUCUAUGAGAAGGACAGUUCCGUCGCAGCCAGAUUUCAGCGCAUGAGGGAAGAAUUCGAUAAGAUUGGAAUGAGGAGGACUGUGGAAGGGGUUCUGAUUGUACACGAGCACCGACUACCACACGUGCUACUGCUGCAGCUGGGAACAACUUUCUUCAAAUUGCCUGGUGGUGAACUUAAUCCAGGAGAAGAUGAAGUUGAAGGACUAAAACGCUUAAUGACAGAGAUACUAGGCCGUCAAGAUGGAGUCCUGCAAGACUGGGUCAUUGAUGACUGCAUUGGUAACUGGUGGAGACCGAAUUUUGAACCUCCGCAGUACCCAUAUAUUCCUGCACAUAUUACAAAGCCUAAGGAGCAUAAGAAGUUGUUUCUGGUUCAACUUCAAGAGAAAGCCUUGUUUGCAGUCCCUAAAAAUUACAAGCUGGUAGCUGCACCUUUGUUUGAAUUGUAUGACAAUGCACCAGGAUAUGGACCCAUCAUUUCUAGUCUUCCUCAACUGUUGAGCAGGUUCAAUUUUAUAUACAACUGAAUUAGCACAGUGGAAAAGUGGAAGAAGCCGUCUCUGUGAGCACAGCUGGACACGGUGUAGAAGAAUAAAUGUGAUAGAAGAGGUUUUUGGUUUUAUCCUUUUCCCAUCCCCUAAGUUGUCUCUUAACUUUCUAUUUGAAUAGUAAAGUUAAUAUGAAGAACUAGGUAGUGAUGUAAACAGAAGUAAUAAUGCUUAUUAACUUUUGGUUCUAUUCAGUUUUCCUUUUUUGUACAACAUUAAAGCAAAUGAACGUC